AUGGAGGGUAAGAAAACUAGAGAACGACAAAAGAUUCCAAUGAAAAAGAUAGAAAGUGAAGAUGACCGCUAUGCGACAUUUUCAAAGCGUCGUUCGGGUCUAUAUAAAAAGGCUAGCGAACUUGUUAAGCUAUGUAAUAUUGACGUUGGAAUUGUACUCUUUUCCCCUACCGGUAAGCCUUUCUCAAUUUUUCAUCCUACAUCUCAAGCAAUUAUUGAUCGUUUUUUAAAUCCUAAUAUGCAAUUAAGUGAAACCAGUAGCCUAGUUGCGGCUCAUGCACGAAACAAAGUGAAUCAACUCAACAAUAGGAAGGAAGUGUUUGACAACAUAAAAGAAGUUGCAAGUGCUCAGUCUCUUCUACUUGACAACAUGAAAGAAAACGGCCAAAGAUACUGGUUGCUGUAA